UCAGCUGUCACUGCGCUGAGAGGGACAGAAAGAGAAAGCUCUUUCGAGUCACUUUUCAUUCCUAGCUCAAAGUAAAUGCAUAUUUAUAUACUCCACAUAUUCAUAAUCAUAUUCAUGUAAAAUACUUGAGGAAAUGGGUGAUUUUCUAAGGAAAUGCGAGAAAAUCAGAGAGAUGAAGGUUAUGGAAAUUGGACAUGGAGGUUCGAGAACAAGAGAAGACGUGGAGGUUAUUUCCAGUUCUUUGAGCUCAAGUAAGAGAAGAAAAUUUGAUGCUGCUUCUAACGUUGAUUUUAGUGAGAAUUCAGCUUCGCCGGCUACAUCUGUAACGUCCGUUCAUAUUCCGACGAAUUCGCAGUGCUCGAGUACUUGUUAUGAGUCUGGUGAAGUUGUGAAGAGUAAUUUGAAAUCGUUAGAUCUGAAGGCCGAAGGAUUCGAAACUGACAAUUCAGCUUCUUUUAACGGCGGCUACAGCAGUGUAAAUUUCAAGCCAAUUGAUCAGCCGAAUCCACCAACUGAGCAUUGCGGAGACUCGGAAGAAAUGGAGUCAUUAUCCACGACAACGAAGAAAUCAUCCUCAUCAGCCGUCAGUGCUCACCGGAAACCGCCGUCUGCGGCGAAGGUUCCAUCAGAAGUGGAGAUCGAAGAGUUUUUUUCAGUAGCGGAAAAGCGCGAGCAAAAAAGAUUCGCAGAAAAGUACAAUUACGAUAUCGCGAAGGACGUGCCACUAAAGGGACGUUACCAGUGGGUUAUUUUGAAGCCUUGAAGAAUGAAUUAUUAAUCAAUGAAGAAAAGGAGAUGACAAUUGUUCAUGAAAGUUACACGGCGAGUUUCAAAAAAUUAGGAAUCCAAUACUUUGGACCUUUAAAUUUCUUUCCAUUUCUAGUUUUAGAUCAGCAUUUACUAUUUACUGUUUCAGCUUAGUUUAACUUUAUCGGUGUACAGCCAAUUGCCUUUCCAUAUCAGUGUAAAGAAGCUAUUUAUGUGAAGCUCCCUUGAUUUUAGUAGUGCCAUAA